AUUUGUAACCAAACCAAACUUAAAAUGCCGACGCCAUAGUUUGCCGUUGCAGGUCUUGUUGCUGUAGUUCUAUACGGAAUUGUUAAAUAUAAAGAGUUACGACUUGAUAAAAAGACUUUUUAUGUGUGAGAGAGAAAAUGACGAUCGAUUCUCCGAAGUAAGGUUUUUUUCAAAUCCAAGAUUGAAUCCCACAAAGUGACGUGUUCAAAAAUAUAAAGUAAACCAAAAAUGGCGGAAAAAUUCUGCUUGAAAUGGAACGAUUUCGAGCGAAACAUUAGUUCGGCGUUCCGGGACAUUAGAGAAGAAAAGGAAUUCUUCGAUAUCACGAUAGCGUGUGAAGACGAGCAAAUGCAAGCUCAUAAAGUUAUAUUAAGCGCUUGUUCGCCUUUUUUUCGCAGUGUAUUGAAAAGAAAUCCCCAUCAGCACCCUCUAGUCUUCCUCAAAGGAGUUUCUCUAAAAGAUCUACGAGCAGUUUUAAACUUUAUGUACCAUGGGGAGGUAAAUGUGGCACAAGAAGAUCUCAAUUCAUUUCUCCAGGUCGCUGAAGAUCUGAGAGUCAAAGGCUUAACUCAAAAUAAUUCAUCCAGUUCAAAUUCACAACCAAAAUCUAAAUCAGAAUCUAGAAGCGAAUCCAGACCUAGACGGCGGAGUAGUGGGGAACCUAACUCCGCCCCCAAACGUUUCCGCCCCGACCCUCCUGCAGUAGUGGCGGAUACUGAAGACGAUAUCCAGGAGGUUGAAGAGGUUGUACCUGUCAAGGCGGAGCCCAUUGCUCCGCCCAUUGUAUCCGUAGCGGAUCCAGGGACGAUGGCAAUGUAUGAGGAUGAAACGAGCGGUGGAACAAUGAUGCUUGACGAGAAUAAUUUCGACGAGUACGGACAGGACUAUGACCAGGACGAGUAUACCGAGCAGAACUUUAUGGUGGCAGGACAGGACGGAUCUUCAGAUAAGUACCAGUCUUGUGGUGUAUGCAAUAAACUGAUACACAAGCAUAGUUUGGCGCGACACAUGAAAAGUAUUCAUUCUGGUGACCAGACUGUCCAGUGCGAGUAUUGUGAUGCAAUAUUAAAAAAUCUUGACACUUUACAGGGACACCAUAGGAAACAGCAUGGAAUAUAUAAAUCCAAAAAUUCUUAAAGAGACUGUUACCAAUAUCUGACUAAGUGGGCCUUCAUUAACUGAAUGUCCUUUUUCUCUUAAAGGGACGACGUGGUUGAUUUCUCGAGGGCGCGCACUGUAUAACAGCACAGUAAAGUUUACUGUUCGGUCUGGUUUCUUAUACAGACGUGUACAGUGUACACUGUAGUUAAAAAGUAAACCAUAUCCAUGAACACAAAAGCUAUUAAUCUACUUGUGGAUUUCUAAGGAACAGAAAAACUAAGAUAUAAACACCAAAAUUUAUUGAGAAUGUAAUUGAUGGCCAAACACGUUUAAACCCGUUUCAAAAGUCAAUUAUUUUAUUUAUUUAAUGCCAAUGACGUCAAAACUAUGUAAUGAAGUUUUAUCAGUUAUAAAUGUGUUAAAUUAUUUUGUAAUAAGUAGUUAAUUUCAAGUUAUUUAAUAAAAAGAUUUUUGCGUUUUUU